CCUCAGCAACAGCAGCAUUGGCCCUGCGUAUCUGGGGUGCAGAGUGACUCAGCUCAGACCAGUGAAGAACGGGCAUGAAACUGGAAUGGACGCCGACUGCACUUACCGCAAUGACUCCACCAGCCCCGCCUUUGACCGAGUGAAGGUGUACCACGAGAUCGUCAACCAGACGGACAACUUCAGCAAGAUGGGGCCCUAUGAGGUGGAAAGAUACAGCCUCUACGUCAAUGGUUAUCAUGAAGACCCUCCUGAAACAACCACUUUGCCAGCACCAACACAAUCACAAACCCCAACCCCAACACUUGAACGCUUCACCAUCAAUUGUACCGUAACCAACCUCAGAUACAAGCCAGAAAUGGGAAUUCCCAACUCAAAGGCCUUCAACGCUACAGAGAAAGUGCUCACCAUGCUGUUUGGAAGAAUUCUCCGCAACAGCAGCAUUGGCCCGGCGUACCUGGGAUGCGAAGUGACUCAGCUCAGACCGGUGAGCAAUGGGGAGGAAACCGGAAUGGAUGCCGUCUGCACUUACCGCAAUGACUCCACCACACCAGCCUUUGACCGGGUGAAGGUGUACCAUGAGAUCGUCAACCAGACCAACGGUUUCACCAAGAUGGGUCCCUACAGCAUGGAAAGAUACAGCCUAUACGUCAAUGGUUAUCAUGAGGUCCCAGCUGAAUCAACCCCUCCACCAGCCCUGACACCAACCCCAGCCCUGGCAGUUGAACCCUUCACCGUCAACUGGACCGUAACCAACCUCAAGUAUAACCCAGAAAUGGGGACGCCCAAUUCAAAGGCCUUCAACGCUACAGAGAAAGCUCUCACCACGCUGCUGGGAAGAAUUCUCCGCAACAGCAGCAUUGGCCCGGCGUAUGUGGGAUGCAAAGUGACUCAGCUCAGACCUGUGAGUGAUGGGGAUGAAACCGGAAUGGACGCCGUCUGCACUUACCGCAACGACUCCACCACGCCCGCCUUUGACCGAGUGAAGGUGUACCACGAGAUCGUCAACCAGACCAGCGGUUUCACCAAGAUGGGUCCCUACAGCAUGGAAAGAUACAGCCUAUACGUCAAUGGUUAUAAUGAAGUUCCUGUUGCAUCAACCACUCUGCCAACGCCAACACAAACCCCAACCCCAGUCCCAACACUUGAACGCUUCACCCUCAACUGUACCGUAACCAACCUCAGAUACAAGCCAGAAAUGGGAACUCCCAACUCAAAGGCCUUCAACGCUACAGAGAAAGCGCUCACCAUGCUGUUUGGAAGAAUUCUCCGCAACAGCAGCGUUGGCCCGGCGUACCUGGGAUGCAAAGUGACUCAGCUCAGACCGGUGAGAGACGGGGAUGAAACCGGAAUGGAUGCCGUCUGCACUUACCGCAACGACUCCACCACGCCCGCCUUUGACCGAGUGAAGGUGUACCACGAGAUCGUCAACCAGACCAGCGGUUUCACCAAGAUGGGUCCCUACAGCAUGGAAAGAUACAGCCUAUACGUCAACGGUUAUCAUGAAGUCCCAGUUGAACCAACCCCUCCACCAGGCCUGACACCAACCCCAGCCUUGGCAGUUGAACCCUUCACCGUCAACUGGACCGUAACCAACCUCAAGUAUAACCCAGAAAUGGGGACGCCCAAUUCAAAGGCCUUCAACGCUACAGAGAAAGCGCUCACCACACUGCUGGGAAGAAUUCUCCGCAACAGCAGCAUUGGCCCGGCGUAUGUGGGAUGCAAAGUGACUCACCUCAGACCUGUGAGUGAUGGGGAUGAAACCGGAAUGGACGCCGUCUGCACUUACCGCAAGGACUCCACCACGCCCGCCUUUGACCGAGUGAAGGUGUACCACGAAAUCGUCAACCAGACCAGCGGUUUCACUGAGAUGGGUCCCUACAGCAUGGAAAGAGACAGCCUCUAUGUCAAUGGUUAUAAUGAGGUUCCUGUUGCAUCAACCACUCUGCCAACGCCAACACAAACCCCAACCCCAGUCCCAACACUUGAACGCUUCACCCUCAACUGUACCGUAACCAACCUCAGAUACAAGCCAGAAAUGGGAACUCCCAACUCAAAGGCCUUCAACGCUACAGAGAAAGCGCUCACCAUGCUGUUUGGAAGAAUUCUCCGCAACAGCAGCGUUGGCCCGGCGUACCUGGGAUGCAAAGUGACUCAGCUCAGACCGGUGAGAGACGGGGAUGAAACCGGAAUGGAUGCCGUCUGCACUUACCGCAACGACUCCACCACGCCCGCCUUUGACCGAGUGAAGGUGUACCACGAGAUCGUCAACCAGACCAGCGGUUUCACCAAGAUGGGUCCCUACAGCAUGGAAAGAUACAGCCUAUACGUCAACGGUUAUCAUGAAGUCCCAGUUGAACCAACCCCUCCACCAGGCCUGACACCAACCCCAGCCUUGGCAGUUGAACCCUUCACCGUCAACUGGACCGUAACCAACCUCAAGUAUAACCCAGAAAUGGGGACGCCCAAUUCAAAGGCCUUCAACGCUACAGAGAAAGCGCUCACCACACUGCUGGGAAGAAUUCUCCGCAACAGCAGCAUUGGCCCGGCGUAUGUGGGAUGCAAAGUGACUCACCUCAGACCUGUGAGUGAUGGGGAUGAAACCGGAAUGGACGCCGUCUGCACUUACCGCAAGGACUCCACCACGCCCGCCUUUGACCGAGUGAAGGUGUACCACGAAAUCGUCAACCAGACCAGCGGUUUCACUGAGAUGGGUCCCUACAGCAUGGAAAGAGACAGCCUCUAUGUCAAUGGUUAUAAUGAGGUUCCUGUUGCAUCAACCACUCUGCCAACGCCAACACAAACCCCAACCCCAGUCCCAACACUUGAACGCUUCACCCUCAACUGUACCGUAACCAACCUCAGAUACAAGCCAGAAAUGGGAACUCCCAACUCAAAGGCCUUCAACGCUACAGAGAAAGCGCUCACCAUGCUGUUUGGAAGAAUUCUCCGCCAGAGCAGCAUUGGCCCGGCGUACCUGGGAUGCAAAGUGACUCAGCUCAGACCGGUGAGAGACGGGGAUGAAACCGGAAUGGACGCCGUCUGCACUUACCGCAACGACUCCACCACGCCCGCCUUUGACCGAGUGAAGGUGUACCAUGAGAUCGUCAACCAGACCAGCAGUUUCACUGAGAUGGGUCCCUACAGCAUGGAAAGAUACAGCCUCUAUGUCAACGGGUAUAACGAACAGCCUCGUGAAACAACGGUUUUGCCCCCAGUGCCAACCAAAGCACCAACCCCAACCCCACCCCUGGCAAUUGAACGAUUCACCGUGAACUGCACCGUAACCAACCUCAGAUACAAGCCGGAGAUGGGAAUUCCCAAUUCGAAGGCGUUCAACUCCACAGAGAAAGCACUCACCACUCUGCUUGGCAGAAUCUUCUCCGUAAGCAGUAUCGGCCCAGAGUAUUCGGGAUGCAAAGUCACAGCUUUGAAACCAGUGAGAGACGGGGAUGAAACCGGAAUGGACGCCGUCUGCACUUACCGCAACGACUCCACCACGCCCGCCUUUGACCGAGUGAAGGUGUAUCAUGAAAUCGUCAACCGGACCAGCGGUUUCACCAAGAUGGGUCCCUACAGCAUGGAAAGAUACAGCCUCUACGUCAAUGGCUACAAUGAACAACCUCUCAAACCAACUGUUUUACCCUUGGUGACCAAAGCACCAACCCCAACCCCAGCCCUGGCAGUUGAACGGUUCACCAUGAACUGCACUGUAACCAACCUCAGAUACAAGCCGGAGAUGGGAAUUCCCAAUUCGAAAGCGUUCAACUCCACAGAGAAAGCGCUCACCACUCUGUUUGGAAGAGUCCUCCGCAGUAGCAGUAUCGGCCCGGCGUAUAUGGGAUGCAAAGUGUCAACUCUGAGACCAGUGCAAAAAGGGGACGAAACCGGGAUGGAUGCCGUCUGCUCUUACCGGAACAGCUCCGCUGCCCUGGCGUUCAACCGAGUGAAUGUGUAUCAUGAAAUCGUUAACCAGACAAGUGGCUUCACCAAGAUGGGGCCCUACGACUUGGAGAGAUACAGUCUCUACGUUAACGGAUAUAAUGAAGUCCCUCUGGAACCAUCAACAACUCAGACCCCUCCAGCUCGGGCAAUUGAGCACUUCACUGUCAAUUACACUGUCACCAACCUCAAAUACAAGUCGGAGAUGGGAAUUCCGCAUUCGAAGGUCUUCAAUGCCACGGAAAAAGCUCUCACCACGGUGCUUGGCAGAGUCAUCUCCAGUGGCCGAGGCGUCGGCCCAAACUAUCAGGGAUGCCGGGUGACAGCUCUGAGGCCGUUGAGAGAUGGGGACGAAACGGCAAUGGAUGCCGUCUGCGCGUAUAGGGCUCCUUCCCCCUCCUCCCCCUUUGACCUAGUAACGGUGUACCACGAAAUUGUGAACAAGACCAAUGGCUUCACCAAGAUGGGUCCCUACAAUCUGAGCUCAAACAGCCUCUAUGUGAACGGUUACAAUGAAGCAUCUCUUCCUACAACUGCCUCGCUCACCACUCCUCGGCCUCCAACGGCAGCAGUGGAUCACUUUACGGUGAACUACACCGUGACGAACCUCAUCUACAAGCCGGAGAUGGGCACUCCCCAGUCGAAGGUGUUCAACGCGACGGAGAAGGCGCUGUCAGCACUGAUGGGUCGAGCAGUGCGGACAAGCAGCGUUGGACCUGCGCUCAUGGGAUGCAAGGUUUCGGAGUUCAGAUCCAUAGAUGACGGGAAGAACACUGGCGUGGACAGUGUCUGCAGCUACCAGAGAGACUUGAUGGCAUCCCCUUUUGACCGGAUGCAGAUGUAUCGGGAGAUUGCCAACAAGACAAAGGACUUCACCAAGAUGGGGCCCUACGACCUGGACCGGGACAGCCUCCUCGUGAAUGGUUAUCAUGAACCAUCUCGUCAACCCAGCGUUGUCCCAACUUCUCCCCACCCUCCAGCCAGUGAACGCUUCACGACCAACUUCACUCUGACCAACCUCAGAUACAAGGCGGAGAUGGGGGAUCCAAGUUCGAAAGCUUUCACUUCCACACAGAGAGUUGUGACCACUUUGCUGGGCCAAAUGUUGAGGAAAAGUAGCAUUGGAGACACCUAUUCCGGAUGCAACGUUACGACUUUACGGUCUUCGGAUGGUGGGACGGCAACUGCGGUGGACACAGUCUGCAGCUACCAGCGAGAUGCGACGGCGCCACCAUUCGACCGAGUGAAGGUGUACCGGGAGCUGAUAAAUAUGACCAAUGGCUUCAAAAAGAUGGGGCCCUAUACUCUAGACAAGGACAGCCUCUACGUCAAUGGUUACAGCGACCUGCGUAGCGUUCCGUAUCUCCCCGCCGUGACCCCUGACAAGAUGCCAACUUUGCGGAAUUUCACAGUCAACUACACCUUGUCCAGCCUCCCCUACAUGAAUGACUUGGGGACCCCUGGUUCUCGCAAGUUCAACGCUACGGAGAAAGCCCUGAACUUCUAUAUGGAGCCUCUUCUCAAAAAGACACACGUUGGCCCGGCGUUUGCAUAUUGCAGAGUGGAGAGAUUUUGGGCUCCACAAACCAGGCAUGCUGCGGCGGUGGACACUGUCUGCAGCUACUGGGAAGAUCUUCUCCCUGCCCCCUUUGACCACGUGAGGCUUCACCGGGAGAUCAGCAACCUGACGAGGGACGGCACGAGGCUCGGCCACUACAGCCUGGAGAAGGACAGCCUGUCUGUGAAUGGAUACCCGCCAGUCCUCAGAGGAGGGGAGGAAGGGGUUGGCUAUGAGCUCGGCUUCACGGUCAUCAACCAGAACUUGACCCACACGGACCCGUCGUCUCCAGAAUACCAGCGCGUGAAGUCUGCCAUCGCCCACGAGUUAAAUCAACUCUUCCUCCGGAGUGCCAUCCGAAACGGAUUCAACAUUUGCAAAGUAACUGGACUGAGGCACGGCUCCAUCGUGGUCGACUGCAAGUGCUACUUUGACCCGGCGACAAACACCAGCCAAGAGGUCGUCCGAGAGACGUUCCAGCAGGAGACGAGGAAUGCCACAUCUCUGUGGCUGGGAAAGCAGUUCCAGCUCAAGGGCGUGACUGUGCGAGCUCCCGAAUCAGCCAUUGAGUCUGCCACUGCCGCCCUGCCACCCCAACUCCAGAUGAAGAACUUUGCGGUCAAUUUCACCGUCACCAACUUGCCGUACGCAGGGGAAAUGGCAGAUCCCGACUCGGAUGUCUACUGGAAGACCAAAAUGAGUCUUGAGAGCGAGCUCCACCAGUUAUACCAGCGCAGCAGCCUGCAGAGGGAGUUUGUGCAGUGCUCUGUUGAGAGCUUCAGACCGACCGGCCAGCAGACCGAGACGGCGGUCGGCGCUGUCUGCACAUUCGCGAUGGAUUCGUCCACAAGGACAUUCGACCGAGCUCUGGUGUACGAUGCGUUUAGGAACUGGACGGGCAAUGCCACAGCUUUGGGGGUGUACACACUGGACAACAGAAGUCUGCUGGUCAGCGGUUAUCCUUCAACAGUGACCCCAGUGCACCACCAAGGAGGGUUACCUUUCUGGGCCAUCAUCCUGAUAUGUCUGUCUGCUCUCCUGGGCUUCCUCCUCCUCUUCCUCAUCUGCUUCCUGGUUGCCUUCUGUCUGCGGAAGAAAGCCGGGAAGUAUCAGGUGCAGCAGGACAUCCUUGGUCUCUACUUCCCACACUUGGACAUGAGGAAAGCGCGAUGAUGUGCAGACCCUUUUGCGGCCUUGACUCUCUGCGCCCCACGAGGUGGGAGUGGGGGGGGUCUCCUUUCGCACACCGCUCCCACCGUCCACAGCAAACAACUGUUUUGACACAGCUGGAACAGACGUCUAGAUUAAGAAGUGAAUCACAACCAAUCAACACUAGCUUGUCUUGGACCAGAGAGAGAGAGAGAUGGUUCCUGCAUUGCGCGGGGUUGGACUAGAUGACCCUCGUGGUCCCUUCCGGCCCUAUGAUUCUAUGACUAUUGAGCAUGCUCUAUGAGAUAUUUUGGACAUUGACCUCGGCGACCCUGAAGACUGCCGGAUUCAGAACUGAGUGGGGGAGCUCCGUUCCAAUUUAUUUAUUAACGCACGGUGGACUUCGGAAUGUAAUUUUAAUAUAUAUAUAUAUGUAGCCACAGAUUAUUUAACUAUUUGUAGACGGAUUCUGCCUGGGAUGCAGAUCAGUGUGAAGUCUUUCUCCCCCUGCCCCACGUUCUCUGAAAUGUCCAGAGAUGCGUCAAAGGAAGUUCAGACUGUAUUGCACUUUAGAUUCCCUUAGAAUUUUGCUUUUCAGCCUUUAUCGGCAUACCUUAGACAGUAGAAUGUUUUUUU